AUGGCGACCUCAAUACCCAUGACAGGCAGAUCCGCCAUCCGCCAGUUUGUCCGCCACUAUUCCGCUCCUCUAGACAGCUCCAUCCCCGCCGCCAAGCUGAAAUACGUCCCCACGAGUGGCACCUAUCCCAGAGGCUUCCUCGUCUCCGGCACGUAUGUCGGAGUGAAGCCAGCAAACAAAUCACACCCGGAUCUCGCCCUCAUCUCGAGCGACAGACCUGCCUUUGGAGCUGCGGUCUUUACGACUAACAAAUUUCAAGCCGCUCCGGUACAAGUGAGUCGGGCUGUGCUCGAGAAACGCGGCGGAGCGGGCCUAAGGAGCAUUAUCAUCAACUCGGGGUGCGCCAACGCCGUGACAGGCCAAGGCGGAGUGGACGACGCGUGGGCCAUGUCCUCGACGGCAUCGGCUCAGUUCCAGCAGUCCUCGCAGCCCGACGACCACAUGGGACCCAACAGUCUCGUCAUGUCGACGGGCGUGAUCGGGCAACGGCUCCCGAUCGCCAAAAUCCUCAACAAGAUCCCCGCGGCGUAUUCGAACCUCGCAGCCGAUCAUACCGCGUGGCUCACGACCGCCAAAGCAAUUUGCACGACAGACACGUUCCCCAAGCUCCUCUCCACGACAUUCACCCUCCCGGGCGCACAGCACGCCGGCAUCGAGUACCGUCUCGCAGGCAUGACCAAAGGCGCGGGCAUGAUCCAUCCGAACAUGGCGACGCUGCUGGGGAUCCUGUGCACCGACGCGCCCAUCUCCGCCGACGCGGUCUCCACGCUCCUUAUGGCGGCGGUGAACAAGUCCUUCAACUGCAUCUCCAUCGACGGCGACACCUCGACAAACGACACCGUCGCACUACUCGCCAACGGCGCGGCAUCCCCAAGCCCCUCCACGGCACCUAUAUCCUCGUCAUCCACGCCCGAAGACUACGCCGCGAUGAGCACGAUCCUGACGUCCUUUGCGCAGCGACUCUCCCAGCUCGUCGUCCGCGACGGGGAAGGCGCCACCAAAUUCGUGACCAUCCGCGUGCGCAACGCCCUGGCGGAAACCGACGCCAGGGCCAUCGCCAGCACGAUCGCGCGGUCCCCACUCGUCAAAACGGCACUGUACGGCAAGGACGCAAACUGGGGCCGCAUCCUCUGCGCGAUAGGGUAUACCUCGCCUGCCCUCCUCUCUUCGGCCACCGACUCCGUCAUCCCCGCGAGGACGAACGUUAGUUUCGUGCCCGCGGAGAAUUCGGCGUCCCGUGACGAGGGCGUGCUCAAAUUGUUGGUCGAUGGCGAGCCGCAAUCUGUCGACGAGGCGCGGGCCAGCAGGUUACUCGAGGAUGAGGAUUUGAUCGUUGAUGUGGAUCUCGGCGUGGGAAAAGCCGAGGGCACGUACUGGACGUGUGAUUUCAGUCACGAGUACGUCACGAUCAACGGGGAUUAUCGGACGUAG